AUGUACUCCAUCGACGUUAUUCUGCUUCUACAUGUUAUGCGCGGGGAUUCACGGGCGAGCAUGUCUGACUUUGAGAUGAAGGCGGUGUGGAAGAGGUACCGUACGGAUGACACAGGGAUGACUUACUACCACAACGAGAGGACAGACGAGACUGUUUGGGAGGUGCCUGAAGGGGAGGAAGUGAUCGACGUGGAUGACGAGGGAGAGGAAGGCUCGCAGCCAGGCGGAGAUCGGGGGGGAGAGCGCCCCUUCGGUGCGCGAUACGACGAGGCCAUCCAAGUGCUGCAGAAAGCAAAGCACUACGAGGAUAUGCAUGAGAUUGGCAAGGCGAUUUCAUGUUACAAGACCGCGGCAGACAAAUUCUUAGUGCUGGCAGAAGCAGAUUCGGAGGAGAUCGGGAGCGCGUUGACGAAGCAGGUGGGGCACUACGCGCAUCAGUGUCUAGAAAGCUGCAAGAUGCUCUCGAAGAGCAUGGACAAGGCCCACGUGAACCUCAAGUACGUCUUGAAGGAGAUCUACACGUCGGAGAAGUCCUACUACGAGGACCUCUCGGCGUACGAGGGGACCUAUCACUCCCAAGUGAAGGCAGACCUGGAGUCAGUCCGGCCCGUGAUCACGCGCCUUGACGAAGACCUGGUGUUCGGGGAGCUGCCGCUGAUCUUGCGGCACAGCCAAGGGUUUCAGUUUAACAUGGACGAGUGCUUUCCGACGGAGCUCUUCGAUUUCAUAGUUGGGAAGGGGGACAACGCGCCGCUGAGCAAGGAGACUAUGUGGCUGAUCCUGGAGAAGAUAGAGAAGAGCAUGGCGGAGCUCCACUACUACUCCAAGUACGUGGAGAGGCUGGCGGAGGCGCAGGAGAUCGUUCAGAAGUGGAGGAACGACGAGGAGUCUGGUUUCUUCAACUACGAGAAGUCCCAGGAGAAGCCGCUCACCCACUACCUGAUCCUCCCAUUCCAGCGCAUCACGAGGUACCCGUUGCUGUUCAGAAGGAUCAAGGAAGACUGCCUGCCUUGCCUUGACACCAAGGCGAUCCAUACCAUCAACUCCAUCCUGUCCAAGGUGGAGGCAGCGGCAAAGAUCGCCAACGACACGGUAGCGCGUGGUGAAGACUUGAAGAGGAUUCAACUGAUCCUUUCGAGCAUGGACGUUCCUUUCGAUUCUAGAUGUGUGUGGCAGGGUCAAAUGUUGGUUCUUCCCAGCGAGAUGUCAAAUCAGACCGAGCACCACAAACUGGCGAGUGAACUCAAGUCCUUGUACACAAGAAAUGUAUAUGUCUUCAGCGAUGGGAUGAUUGUGGCGGAUUGUAAUGUGCACGUCAAGGACUUCAAGUCAGUGGAGAAAGUGAAAUUUCACGGCUCAGCAGAGCUAGCGGUCAACUUGCACUUCAAGGAUGGAACGAUGGACCUGUUUCUGGCGACCUGCGCAGAUCAGAAGAUUGAGUUUCUUACCAAGCUGCACGUUACCGAUCUCUUGGGGAGCUUCAAGGACUCCAAGAGCGGCAAGAGCCACCAACAGAUCUUGGACGAGAUUUGGAGCUUGUACGAUACGGACAAUGACGGGCAAAUCAACGAACAGGAGCUUGCAAAGGCCUUGAAAAGUACCUCGGACUCUAUGGACCCGGUCCUGAUAUCCAACAUUUUCAGUGAGUUCGACAAGAACAAAGAUGGAGCGAUCUCGAGGGAGGAAUUCAUGACGGUGAUGAGGACAAGGAGCGGACUAAGGAAGAGCAUGCCGUCGGGGAAGAGCGACGACGAGUCAUCGUUCUGCGGCAUCUCUGUCGUGAUCAUGGUGGUGAUUGUGCUUGGGAUCGGAUUUUUCUUCUUCGUCUUCUCCUCAAUCAUCGAUGGGCUCGUCGAUAAGACUGACGCAUCAAUAGAACUAUAA